AUGUCCCUGUCAAUAUGUACAGAAUGCCUUUUGCGGCUAAAACUCUCCUCGAGCGCCCCCAGAGGUCUUGCUGUCACCGCAUCGACCUGGACACAAACAACCUCUUUCCACAGCUCUGCAGCACAAUAUAAAUCCCCUUUGCUUAAGAAGAAAGUCCCCCAAGCCAAGCCCACAGUUACUAGAGCUCGUCAAUCCCAAUCCGCGCGCCUGAAGAAGAAAAGCCGCGAGCGUCCCAAGCUACCUCCUGUCGGCGAACGUCGAGCCCAACGCCGUCGCAUCAUCCUCUCAAACACCAACGCCUUGCCCGUAUCGGACGUGGAGACCUGGAGCAAGGAAAAUAUGGUUGACGAGAAGUCUGUGGGACACAUGAUGGCGCUUGAUGGUGGACUGUUGGAUCAAUUGAGAGAUUCAGGAGCCUUUAAGACGACGCAAAACUGGGGUCUAUUCCGCAGGCCGGCGACUUUGAUACGAGAGGAGACACUUCGAAUCGCGAAAGACAUGGAAAGUGUCAAGCAGGAGGGAGAUAAGAAGAAGGUUGUCAAACAUUUAGUCAUUGGCGAGAAGGCCAGCGGGAAAAGUAUUCUCAUGCUGCAGGCCAUGGGCAUGGCGUACAUGGAUCAUUGGAUCGUCCUCAAUGUCCCAGAAGCACAAGAUUUCGUCAACAACACGUCUUCAUACGCCCCUCUUCGACACGCCGAAGACGAGUCUGAACACAUGUACAUCCAACCACACCUGACCCAACUCCUGCUCACCCGCAUUGCCGCCUCGAACGAAUCCGUCCUGAAGUCCCUGCGACUGAACCACGCUCAUCCCAAACCACUCUCUCUGAAGAACAACUCUACUUUACUGGAUCUCGCUCAAAAAGGCGCAGGCGACCACCACCUCUCGUGGCAAGCAUGGCAAGCCUUGUACAAAGAACUUACCGAACCAGGACAGCACCAACGUCCACCGGUCUUGGUUGCCGCCGAUGGCGUAGACCAUUGGAUGGGCCCCACAGCAUACCGCGACAGCGAGCAUAAAAUUCUUCACUCGCAUCAAUUCAUGCUGGUGAAGCAAUUCAUCAAUUUCCUAUUCACGGCCAGAACAUCGAAUACAUCGCCCUUCAUCAACGGCGGCAUGGUCCUCUACAGCACCUCGGGCUCGAACACUCCCGCCUACCCUACCUUCGACCUUGUUCUCUCGCAGAUGCGCGCUGUCCAAGUCCACUCCAUCUCUCCGGCACACCCAGAUUUCCCCCUGCCGAAGCCCUACAGUAAACCCGACCCACGCGUGCUCGCUCUCUCUGCACCAGCCACUCGCGGAGAUUUGAACCUGUUGGAACUGAAAGGGUUGAAUAGACUAGAGUCGAGGGGAUAUUUGGAAUAUUUUGCAAAGAGUGGGCUGUUGCACAAACGCAUCACGGAUGGCCUGGUGAGUGAGAUGAGGGGUCUGAGCGGCGGCGGAGUCGUGGGUGAGUUGGCGAGGUUGAGUAGACGUGUGAUUGCUUGA